AUGGUAUGUCUGUGUUGUCGGUGUUGUGUCUGUUGUAAAUGUGGACGUCGUGGUGUUUCUGAUGGCUCCGGUGACGAUCGCUAUGAAAAACCUGGCGCCAAACAUAUCCCGGUCCCUGUUUAUGGGAAAUCGCAAUUGAAACGAAUAAAACAGACGCGAUCCUCGUCACACGAAGCCUCCAGCUCCAGCAGUAAGAGCGUCAUCACUACGAAACGUGAACGUCGUGAACGUCCUGUUAGUGCAAUGUCCAUGUGGAAUGUGCCGUUGGAUGUGGAUGUAGUGCCCUUAAAUACUAAACCAGUAACCGUAUCCGAAAGUUUGCCUUGGAUUGAUGACAGCUCACAAGAUGAAUACGAUUGUUCCAGGCAAAAGCGGAAACCCGGUUUCAGACCUUUGAGAGGAUCCUCAGCUCCAGCAAGCGGUACACCGCCUGAGCACUCAUCAGUAAGAGGAGAUUCUACAAGACGACAACGAAAGCACAAGAAGAUGGAAAAGAAAAGUGGAGGAGGAUUCUUCCAGGUAGUAUCUAUAGAAUGA